AUGGACGAGCACGAGCCAGAUGAAAUCCGCAGCUGGUCUGGCGAUUUCGACCCCCUGGCCGAUAAUGCCGAGCGUCGUGUGCUCUUUGCUGCUUUUGAUUCUUUCAGGCAAUAUCGGAGAACGGCGCACAUGAACACCACUCACCGUCGUCGUCAGGCCUUUUAUGCCCUGCCCUCUGCACACUGGCAGAUGCUGGCCGAGCCGCCCUUCUCCAUCCUCGACAACUUCAACCGCGUGGACGACGCCAUCGAUGUGAAUGCCGACAUCGCAGAUGCCAUUCUGACCACCGGUCUCUCGUCGUUCGGGCUCUCUGCGAACCCUGAUCCUAGUGACCCGCGUCAGAACUGGCACGGGACGGCCACCCAGUCCGAUGUCAACAAGGCGCACUCCACCCUGAGACAGUUCUAUCGCGACUGGAGCCAUGAAGGCCAAGCAGAGCGAGAUGUCUGCUACGGCCCUGUGCUGUCCGACUUGCAAGAUGAGUUCGGCGCGCGCAUUGGCUCCUCCGAAGAUGAGGACGAAGUCAGGGUGUUGGUCCCUGGCGCCGGUCUGGGGAGACUGGUGUUUGAGAUCUGUCGGCAAGGGUUCGCCGCGGAAGGGAACGAGAUCUCCUAUCAUCAGUUGCUGGCGAGUAGCUGGAUCCUGAACCACACGCUCGGCCCUCAGAAACACGCGCUGCAUCCCUUUGCGCUGCAUUUCUCGAACCUCCUGUCCCGGGAGCAACAGCUGCAAGAGGUCAAGAUCCCGGAUCAGCAUCCGGGUACGGCCAUGGUGGAAGCCCAGGCGAACUCGGCGCCAUUUGGGCGGAUGAGCAUGUCGGCUGCCGACUUUACCGUGCUAUACACCAACCCCAGCAAUAAGGAGGUGUUUGAUGCCGUGGCGACGGUGUUUUUCAUCGACACGGCGCCGAACCUCAUCCGAUACAUCGAGGCGAUCCGACACUGCCUCAAGCCCAACGGCGUCUGGAUCAACGUGGGACCGUUAUUGUGGCAUUUCGAGGACGGGAGCAACCGCAGUCAGCACGGAGGCAGUGACGAGGGUCACGGUGACCAGGGGAUUGGGGAGCCCGGGAAUGUGGAGCUGACGGAGGCAGAAGUGUUUUGCCUCGUGGAGCG